GUAUUGAGAGGAGCAGUGGCUGAUUGGCCGGCGCUGACCCGAUGGGACCUCAUCAACAGCUCUCACGCACGGGAAUACUUACAGCAUUUGGUGGGAUCUGCUCCCGUGCAGCUCAUCAUGACUCGCACAGAGCCACACAUCUCUGCUGUGCGCUCACAACAAUCACAUGCGACACAAUCACAUGAAGCACAGUCACAUGCAUCGCAGCAGCAGCCCUUGGCUUACUUCGAUGGAGCAUUGCGCAAGCAUGAGCGGAUAGCAGCUACAUUUUCUGAUGCUCUUGCACUGGCGUGUGCGUCUCCCCUUGCUGCGGGAGCGGAAGCAAGCACCAGGGGGAGAAUCCAUGGUGUUGCAGCUGCCGCUCCUGUCACGGGUACUGCUGACAGUGGUGCUGUCACUCCUGCCCCUCCUGCCACCGGUGCUGCUGGGUAUUGUGCUGCUCGCAGUGCUGAGGGGAAGGGAGACAGGGCCCGACUGCAAGGGGGUGAGGGGAAGUGGAGUGCUGGUAGUGCUGGUGCCGCUGGUGAUGCUGCUGGUGGUGCCGGUGCUGCUGGUGGUGUUGAUGGUGGUGCCAGUGCUGCUGGUGCGGCUGCUGCUGCUGUUGCUGCUGGCAGUUCUGAGGAGACAGGAGACGGGGCCCGACCGCAAGGGGGUGAGGGGAAAGGAACUGAGGCGGGAGGGGGCGAGGAGGAGCAGGGCGGUGGGCUGCAGGAGAUGAUACGAGCCAUGGCGUCCGGUGCAGCUCCACUGGCGUUCUACCUCGCCCAGCCAUUGGUGCUGGACGCAUCUCGCCUCACGUCGUCCAAUCUGUGGAUGACACUUGGCGGCCCGUCCUCCUCCUCGCCUCACUACGACCUCUUUCACAACCUGCUCUGCAUUGCAACCGGCUCUAAAACAUUUCGUCUGUGGCCGCCAUCAUCAGCCCAUCUGCUGGACCCCAUGCCUCUCUACUCCGAGUCAUCCAAUCACGUCCAUCCCCAUCCUUCUCCUCUCCAUUUCUCUCCAGCAGCAGCAGCGGCAGCAGCCACGGUGACUCUCCAUGCUGGAGAUGCGCUCUUCCUGCCUGAAGGCUGGUACCACCAGGUUACCAGCACACCUGCCACUAUCGCCAUCAACUUCUGGUGGCCCUCCCUAGUAUGCCUCUCGUUUGGGUCACACAUGGAUCUGUACUAUGCGAGGAGAGUGCUCACAAGCCUGCUUGAAGCUCAUAAGGAGUGCAAGGCAAAACGAGCAGCAUCGAUGGGCGCAGGAGGGGUGACCGGCGAAGGGGCUGCUGGGGAACAGGCACUUGGGGGGCGACAGGCAGUUGGGGGGCGACAGGCAGAGCAACAGGAGAGGAGGGAGAUGGGGGAGGAAAGGGAAGAGGAAAGGGAGGAGGAAUGGGAGGAGGAAAGGGAAGAGGAAAAGGAGGAGGAAAGGGAAGAGGAAAGGGAGGAGGAAAGGGAAGAGGAAAAGGAGGAGGAAAGGGAAGAGGAAAGGGAGGAGGAAAGGGAGGAGGAAAGGGAGGAGGAAAGGGAAAAGAAAAGGGAGGAGGGAAGGGAGGAGAGAAGGGGGGAUGUAAGGGAGAGAGAGGAAGCGUCAGAGGAAGGAAGGGGAAAGGAGGAGAGGAAGGAAGAAGGGGAGGCGGGAGCUGAUGGAAGGGUUAAGUGA